AAGACUUCUGUAACCGGAUAACCGCAGGGCGCGCGCCCUAACCGCACCGCUCGCGCAGCAGAAUGCACCUCGGCGCGCGGGAUAAGAGUUCGGCUGUACCCCGGUAACGGCUCGGUGUGUGUGUGUGUGUGUGUGUGUGAUCGCUCAGUUUGUCCUGCGGGCCGGAAGUGAAGAUCAGAGGAAGCGGCGCCGUUAUACUGAGACCCGCAGUGGACUGUGUGUGUGUGUGUGUGUGUGUGUGUGUGAUCCGCUCUCACUGUGACUCUGUCGGCUCGUCCGUUUUCUCUCUGAUCCUCGGUGGCGCGCGCAGGUGGAGGAUGGACGAGGCGGAGAAGUACCAGCAGAGACUGCAGGCCAUAGCGGAGAAGCGGCGGUUGCAGGAGGAACAGGAUCGCGCCAAACGCCAACUGGAAGACGAGAAACUCCGACUGCAGCAAAUGAAAAGGAAGUCUCUGAGGGAUCAGUGGUUGAUGGACGGACCUCCUCUCUCUCCAGACAGUGCAGGACCUCGCUCUCCCCUCUGGGGGGGACACGCCCAGCAGAUCGAAGCUCGCAUCGACAAGUUGCAGAGUGAGAUUGUAGAAAAAACACAUAAGGAAGAAGACUCAACUUCAGCCCAGUCGCACACAGAUCACCAUGGCAACGGCGAGAGAGCGAGUACUGUGACUCCACCUCCAUCAGGAUGUUCAGCGAACGGAGAGGAGAAAAGCUCGGACCCUCCGCACGACGCGUCUCUCACCAACGGCACUGCACAGGACACGAAUUCACACAAUGCCCAUGAUAAUGAUGUCAGCAAAGGGGCGGAGACUCUUCUGUUCCUGGGUUAUACGGAGGCGGAGCCUGGGCAGGGUUUGUGUAAUGACGAUGAGGUCAGUGCGGUCAUUCGCGCGGAGAGAGUGAUCAUCUCGGAGGAGGGAGAGGAAGUGACUGAAGAGUCGCAGGACACGCAAGCUGAGGAAGAGGAGGAAGUGGAAGAAAAGGAGGAAGAGGAAGAAAAGGAAGAGGAGGAAAAUAGAAAGGAGGAAAAAGAGGAAGAAGAAGCAGUUGAAGAACAAGUAGAGGAAAAAGAUGAGGAUGAAACGGAGGAAGCAGGAGAAAAGGGACAAGAGGAAAACGGAAAGGAGGAAAGAAGGGAAGAUGAAGAAGCAAUGAGAGAAAAAGAGCGAGAAGAAAAACACGAGGAAAAGGAGGAAGAGAUAGAGACAGAUAUAGAGGCAGAAGAACAGGUGAAAGAACGAGAGGAAGACAACACCGGGGAUGUAGAGAAUCGUGUAGAAGUGAGCGCCGAGUCCCACGCCGAGUCAAACUCGAUGACAGACGCAGCGGUGAAACCGGCACCGAACCCAGACUCGGAACCAGACGCAGGUCCGCCAGCUGCUGUUGAACAGGAAAGUGCCGCGGCUGAGCCACGCCCACAAUCCGUCUCUGAGACCCCAGGGGACGCAGACGAUGAACAGGCGCCUUCUGUCUCUGUCACGCUGCCCGCUUCAGCCCUGAAUCCUAACGGUGCUCAGAAAUCCCCAGACGUCGCUUCACCCGCCACAAACGCUGCGGCGCAGUUCCAGGAAAUACCACUGGAUGGCGCCACGGUGGAGGAGGAGCCGCUGUUGGCUGCGAAAGCGGAACCGCUGACGGACGCCACGAACCCGGACCGGGCCAAGGGGGCAAAGACGAAGACCUGCCAGUGCUGCUCGGUCAUGUGACUUCCAUGGUCAUGUGACUGCCACGGUCCUGCAGUCAGACAGACUGAGCGGAGAUUAAAACCAGCAGACAAACAGAACCGUAAAAAUACACCGAAAUUCACGUGUGUAAACGUGACUGUAGAUGAAAAGCGUGACGUCACCCUCAGCAGUCAAUCAGAAACGCGAUCGGACAUAAACAGGAAGUACUACAUCCAUGAAGGACACACAAUUACUUUACUGACUUCGAGUGAGGGUUUUCAUCAUUUUAACAAACUCCGACUACACCCCUGUGUGUGUGUGUGUGUCUGUGUCUGUGUGUGUGUGUCUCCUACACUGCUUCUGUGUGAGACAGCGGAUUAGCGACUAGACGUUUCAGCAAUAAAAUAAAACAAAGCGGUUACUAACCUUAAAACCCUGUAAGACAAUAAAGUGUAACUUUAGAUUAAUCUUGAAAUAUUUGGUGAUGUAGCCUGCAGAUGAUCUCAGUUUGAUCAGACGUGUUUCACUCGCUCAGGAGUCUGAUCUCUCAUAUGUCUGAUCUCUCAUAUGUCUGAUAUAAAGGUAGCUGAUUCAUAGUCCAUGAUACAAAAAGUGUGUAAUCUGUAAAAAUGAUACUCCACAGAAUUAAAGCAGAAGUUACAGCAUAUCAUGACAGAUGUUGCGGCAGAUGUUACGCUGCUAGGAUGCAGAUGUACAUUUUAAUCUAUCACCAAGUGCAAUUGUUAAUUUUUUAUAUAUUUUUAUAAACAUUAGCGUAGAGUGAAACCAUUUACACUCAAACUAACCUAAAAUAAGAAUUUCAGUUUCACCGGUGAACCUGCUGUUGUUCUCCAGCUUCAGUGCGCCCCCUGCUGGCCAAGACUAGGACGUUGCCUUCAGACUGUAACGGUGAGGAUCUCAGAAGAGUGAAGACAUCUGAAGAAGUUCUGCUGUUAUUGAAAAUCUCACACACCUGAAAUAUCUGGAGCUGACUUGAUCAUUUUCUCAGCUGAUUUUUAAAACGCAUCCUACAUUAUCAUUGGUUAGUUCUGAGCUGCUCUCGGCCAAUCAGAGCACAGAGGACUGAACCUUCCUAAACAGCAGCUUCUCCAUGACUUUGGUAUUUUUGCAAUGUUUUUAAUGUUACACUUUAUAAUGUUUCAGUAUCUUUAUUAUAUUCUGACAUUAUAGCUUUAAUAAAUAUAAAUAUAUAAUCAUU